UUUAAGAGCAUAGUGUGAUAAACAUCUCUGCCUGUCCAUGCGCAGAUGUGCUUGGAUGAUCGCCUUCCCCAGGGAUUCAGUACGCCUUUGUGCUGGAAUGGUAAAAGGACGUGGUUAGAAUUUGAUGGUUGUUCCUUUCUCCCAUCCACCCCUAAAUUUUAAGGUGGGGGAGACUUACCUCCCUGCAGCUCGCCCUUCACCUCUGCAUCCUCUGCCUCCAGCUGGGCAAUGUGGGCAACCAAUGCUGCAUUCUGUGCCUCCAGUUGGUCUACGCGGGCAAUCAGUGGAAGACAGGAGAUAGCAGGCAGCAAGGGCAAGCUAGCAAAGAUGAGUCUGUGGCAGGCAGGCAGGCAGGCCCCAAACCACACAGCCCAAAAGAAAUACAGGCCAGAAGAAACACAGGCCAAAACAAACACAGGCCAACGCACCGGCUGAUGCCCCAAAUCUGGCUUCCAGAGUUAGGGCCUUGCCCGUAAAACUUUUGGCGGGCCAGCAGAUGGCGCUUCAGGUGGUUUUUGCGCAUGCAGGAAACGCUGCUGGCUUGCUUGCAAACUUUUGCGUGACAAAGGAAAAAGCCAUUCUCUGCGUGGCUUUCUAAGAGGAAGGAGUCCAGGACCAUUUACGAUCGACUUUCAAGUUAUUGCGCAAAGGAUUCGGAAAGAAGAUAUCAAGGAUUACCCCAAAGCUAAGAAUCACCCUCCGGAUAGGGUAAAAUGAAAAGGCUGGCCUGGGGUACCCCUUGGGAUUGCAGUGCUGCCUCUCUUGCUGCAUGGCGACCAUUUUCCAAGGGAACAUUUGGAGCCUCCAAAGUCUUGCAUCCAGGGGAGCCUUGGCAGGGAGAAAAAAAACACAUAUGUAAAUAUAUGUAUAUAAAAGUCAGAUAGAUAGAUGAUAUAUGAUGCAUAUAUAUAAGUACAUAUAUAAGAUCUUGGACCUGCUGUGUUUCUGAGGGGAUGAGGAGAUUCAGAGGCACCUGAACUCUAACCAUAGAAACCUCGCUAUCUAUAAUAGAAUAUUGGAGCAGAUGUGAUCAAGAGAGCAUGACAGAAUGCCUGAGGAAUGCAGGACAAAGUGUAAAAUAAUGAAGCAAAACUAUACAAAUGUUUGCUGCCACAAUGCAACCAGCGGCAAGUCUAGGGUGACGUGUCCGUAUUUUAUGAAAUGGAUAGAUUCAUGCAAGGCAGCCGGACCUUCCAGCCAAUGGUACUAAGCAGAAGCAUCGAUUUGCCACAGCAGGGUACCAUGGAGGGCUCUGAGGGUAGCUAGGAGGGCGUCACCCUUCCUCCUGUUCCUGCUGAGGAAGCAGAGCCCCAGGAAAUGCCCGACAACAGCAUACCGACAGGAAAGGAAGAGGUGGGCCUCGAUCUAUAUGCCGUCCCGAAGGAGGAGCUUGAGGCAUUGGACGUGUCGGGAGGCCAGGAGCAGGAGGAUCUACACAGCCGUGGAGAAGAUACAAUCGUGGAAGGCCUGGAUGACGCUCCUCCUAGUGAAACACAAAAUGAUGUUGCAGCAGUCAUCCCUCAACCCCCUAGAGCUCAUGGUGAGCGAGAAAAUGGAAUGAAGAGGCCUGGAGUAGUACAUCUCCCAGUGCAAGAACAGGAGGUUAGAGAUGGUAGGGAAAGAAGAGGGGAACACAUUGCCAAGUCCAUCAUCGCACAUGGGAGGCAAGAAUGGAGACUGUUCAGGCGCCAGAACAGGGCAAUCUCAAACAGGCAGCACAGGCAGUGGCAGCAUGAGUCUGAACUACUGCAGCAAUGGAUGGACACCUGCACUUCAGACACUAAAGCUUGCAGGCAGGAAAGCAUGAAAAUCGGAGCGUGCUUUCAAACCAUGGCCACAUAUGCAGCUGAGAUGAUGGAGGCCCAAAGGGCUGAUACAGCUCUGACGGAGAGGCACGUCAAGGUAAAUGAAUCCCUGGCUGCCCUACAGAUGGAACUCCUUAGGGCAAAAAUCACACAUUUUAAUGCUGGAAAUGCUAUGGGGCAAGCUGGAGGGAGUGACCUUCACUGGCCAUCAAAGAGGCCAAAGGCUCAAUGUAAAGGAAACCUUACCCAAGAAACUCCCACCCAGGUUGGGGGGGGAAUCCUCCCAUAAUGUAACAGUGGAGGAUACAGAGAGCCAGGAUGAGAUUAUGCCUGGUUCCCAGAUGACACUGCCUGUGUUGAAAUCCCAAUGCACUGGGACAAGCACUGCUGCGAACAGAGGGAAGAGGAUGGUGAAGAGAAAGCAAAUAUACUCACCAUGAUGCUGGUGCUGUCUCUGCAAGGCCAUCCAAAACACCAAACGAACAUCAAUUUCUCCCUACGGGCCAUGGACAUUGUUUUAUAAAUGUUACUGUUUGAUAUGCUUACAAUGGUUUUGGUUUUAUUCUACUUUUCUACUUUAAAAGGUUUAUGUUUACUUUAAGGUUGCACUGUUGUUGUAGUGACUGAGUUCGUGUUCUACCUCAGCACACCCACACACCCCCAAUGAUCAAAGUAUUGUGCUUUUCCCCUAUGGGCUGUGGGCAUUGUUUUAUACAUGUAAUAGUUUGAUAUGGUUUAAAUCUUUAUCGUUUUGUUCUACUGUUGCACUUUAAAAAGUUUAUGUUUACUAUAUGGUUUCACUGUUAUGGUUGUGUUUUGCUUUUUUUUGUUCUAACUCAGUGCUCCUUAACACUUGGUUCCAUAAUAAAACUUGACAAAAACAUAAAAA